CGCUCGAUGUUAUCGCGCCUGCGCUGUGUUCCCCUCGAAAAGAGCAGGUUACAACACAGCACAAAGCGCGACUAGCUGUGAUGUCUCGUGCCGACAUUUCUGGACGUUGAUGUCUUGCGGAACCGAGUUAAAAUCUUACAAAGCUUCCUUUGAUAUUAUUUUUUGAGCUGAGCAUGUGAUUGAAUUUCGGUAUCGCAAUAAUACAUAAUCUUAAAGUAGUGUUAUUUUUGUGUAUAUUCUCUGCACCAAAAUGUACAAAACGGUUAGACAUGGCGAAAACAGUUUACAAUAUACCAUUCUCCCUCAAACGGAAGAAGUGUUAAAUAACAGCGGCUUAAAAGGGAAAGGUCGGGACUAUAGCCCAUCCAUCCACAUUCGAAGAUCGCGUAGGAAAUCUACAGUGAAAUAUGUCUUCUUGGUAAUUUUCGGUGUGAUAAUAGCGUUAGGGCUGGCAGCAGUUCCGCUUUACAUAUUGAACGGUGCGCUGUACGCUCGAAGAACACAACAAGAGCAUCGUGAUAUGGUCACUAUAUCUCCAAAUGCACCGGCCGGCAGAGAAAUGGCAAAAUCGCGAAAGAAAGAUCUUAAAGUGCUACCGCAAGUGAUCUCUACUCUAAUGGCAAAACCAGAAUUAGACACGUCAACAAUCGUCUCCACUACUUCCUCUACUGGAGCCGGUGAAAGAGCUACCACUCCGCCUUGGACAAUGCCUGCUUUAAGGUCUUGGAAGAGUUCAACGUCUUCAUCAACCGUUCUGCCAGUAGCCUCUGCGAAACAUGACCCGACGCAGCCGGCUGCAACAACUUCCAGUGAUAUCAGUAUGUUACCUAAUACAAUUUCAAUGAAAACUUGGGAGAAGGAUAUAAUAAUACGACCAACUAUCACAGCUGAACCAUUUACACUUAGUAACUUAGUUAGGGACUACACGCAAACAUUUAAGCCAACCGAAAAGCAAUCCACACAGAGUGUUAAAAUGUUUGAUGAUGUUCUUAUUUCAACCAAAACAACUUUAAUGCGAUCACCGGUAACUUCAGAGUUUCCUGCAACUACUGAAAUAUCGAGUUUGGAUGAUUUAAAGGACACGAUGUUAUCUGUAGAUGAUGACGAGGAAUUUAAAGAAUCUUUAGAAGUUGACGAAGUUUUUUCGUUACCACCCCUAAAGCCUGGUGCCGAUCCUGCAGCGUCAAAUUCUGAUGAAAUCACCGUAUCUAAAGCUAACGAAGACAAUUGGUAUGGAGCCAGGUGGCCUUUCGUGGACCCUUCUUCGUACUUCCAAUGGACGAGCUACUCUCCCGGAGACAACCUGCUGUUGCCGCUGCUGAUGGCGGCACUUACUUCCCUCACGUUGGUUAUGCUGCUCGCGUUGGCAGCAAAGCGACGCAAACGCACUAACGUGGCAUCGUCGCAGAUUGGGUUAACUGCAGACCUUCAGGAUGUAAACACUAAUCUUCUGACAGCCGAAGUAGUAGAGGACGCUGAGGAAUAGAUCCCAAACCUCACCUAUGCCUUUGGCUUAACAGGACGAAAAAUAAAUUGUGUACAUUUUGACAACAGUUUUCGAUACGUUUUUUUGCAGAUUAAAGUUAAGAAAGCAAUAGUAGCCUAACAGUUUUGACAACUGUUCUGUUCUUAAGAGUUAAAUCGCAACGAAUACUUUUAUGGGUGGGGCGUAAUGUAAGCCCAUUUGAGCACGUACCACCAGACAGUCAAUUUCUGCCGUAAUGGAGCCGUGAGUUCCAGUUAUAAAUGUGGUACAACAGUUAUAGGUACAAUGGCAAUUUCGACCUCACCUCUGAAGAGGGUUGACAACCCCGUUGUUAUAAUUAAGGGCUUCGUUAACCACUUAUUACCUAUCACUAUCCAGUCAAAUUGUACACAACUAUACAAACGCACUUAGUUUUGAUUUAGCAGCCAUAGUUUGCGAAUUAAAAACGGAAUCCAAAAAGUUGUCUGCGUUAUUUCUAACUGGUCACACACAUAUUAAACUUUCAGUGCCUAUCAUUUGUAAAUACAACAAGGUCGGUCGAUGCAAGACCGUAAAUUAUAAUUAUCCCAUAUUCAGAGAUACGAUAUAAUGUUAUAGUUAAAACGUAUUUUUAAAGCGUAUUAGAUAAUCGACUGUAUUAUUACACGUGUCAAAUGCCAAUGUUGCUAAAAUUUUAUUUUUGGUACAAUAAUAAUAAUAAUACAUAAUUGUAGUCUAUGUAUUUUACUAAAAAUAAUUCGUUACUAUUUCUAACGUGUAUUUUUUGUGCACAUACGAGCUUCGUAGUAAUACUUCGUGCAUUUAUUAGCUUGAAAUGCAAAUUAAAUAAUAAUUAAAGUAUAUAUCAUAUCUCUGAAGAUAAAUAAUUUAUAGCACGACUCGUCAGUAUUAAAAAUACCUGUGGUAUUUCAAAUUAACAACGUAAAUAUAUUUUAUUUUUGUGUAUGUAUCGAUAGGUUAAGUACUACAUGUAUCUGAAUUAUUAUUAAAAAAUAAAUAUAUACCUUUUAUCAUCGGUAAAACAUAUUCAUACAUUUCAUAACUUUAUAACAUAGUUAAGACUGAUCUAGUAACGCGUUUUAGUGUUUGUUGGUAGGUUUUUUUUUUCUUAGUUUCGAGAAUGGUUCGCUUUCGUUUGGAACGGCACUACUGUACUGUAAUCCUUACAUGUACCCGUGAGUGCUGAGUAUGUUUCAUAUGCUUACGAUUAUAAUGGGCGUGUUUUAUAUAAAUGUUAGUCUAACGAGUGUAUGAUAUGUAUGAAGGGUCUCGGAAAGAAUAGCUAGAAAUAAAUUGUGAUAGUGAGGCGACACGGUGAAAUGAAUGUUAAUAUUGAUUCGAACCAUGAUGGUGAAUUCUCGAAUCCGCUUCUAACGCCAUCUUAAACUACGAGCAAUAGUAAUAAAUUCUCAAAAUCGAUUCCACUGGUUUGGAGAUAAAAAUCACACUCUGUAUUAAUCCACAAAAAGAUUCCUACCGAUUAAUUAUUGGAAAAUAAUAACUACGGCCAAGAAAAGACUUCAAAUUGAAUCGAUAAUCGACCUUUCUUUCAAUUUUCAAAUUCUAUCUGACAUUUGACAUCAUUUGAAGAAUACAGGGUGUAACAUUUUUUUUUUAAUUUAAUCUAGACACUGACUAUAAAAUACACCAAACUGUUGAAAAAAGUAGCAUCAUUGUUCUUAUUUGAAAAUAUGGUAAACAAUAACGUUCUGAUCACAUUCUUUCUAAUCGUGUCUCUUAAACUCGUAGCCGGAGGUUCCCU